AUGCUUGUGGUAGUAUUUGCGCUUUCCUGUCUCGCUGAUGCGCUCUCGGCGACUGAAGCACUCGAGGCCAAGACGGGAUCGUCCGCCACCUCGUAUUCGACCAAAGCUGGUCGGGAUCUCAAUGGGGUAAGAUCACUUCGGGUCCACACACAGGUUGACGAAGACGACGACGAAGAGCGAGCAUGGGUCGACCUGUCCGCGGCCAAGUCGAAAGUGCGCAAGUUUUUGUCAAGAAUGAAUCUGAAAGACACGGCCGGCGAAGUUGAGGCCAAGAAAGCGUUGGGGCUGUACGGGCUAUCUGGGAAGGCUCUCAAGUCGCACGAGAACUACAUCUACUGGAGGUCCGAGACCGAACUUGCUAAAUUCAACAAGUGGGCGUCCCCACAUUCAACGCGUGGAAGAAGUUUGGCCUGGGCAAAGUUCGGGAAGAUCAAGUUAUAUACAACGUUUAGAAAAAAAAGAAAUAAAAGUCCAGCUUUAAAACAAAAAUAA